CCGACACAGUGAGGAGGUUUAGAAACAAGAGGGAGUUAUUGCCGGUGAUACCAGUAAAGACACAUACAGCUUGUUUUUUUGUCUUGCAGCCGCCAACUACUUUUCAGCAACCAGGGCUUGAAGUGCAGGGGAAUAAGAAAGGGUGGUGUUUACCAGUAGAGGUCAGGCAGGCAAAGGAAAGAGAAGCAUGUGGAUGUUUUCAAGCUUAUCUGACAGUGACAACAGGAUGAGAAUCUGAGAGGAAAGAACAUGGAGUGAGCAGAAAUACCUAUAGAGACACAAAACACUUAGCCUAGUUGGUCUUGUAGGCAAACAGAUAGAGACAAGGUAAUUAGUCCCCUUUGCCUUUUUCUGUCCAAAGAAGUGAGAGCACGAGGCAAGGGAUCGUAACACUGGAGCUCAAGGAUAUACCAUGGACUCUGCAUACAUCCCACCACACCUGGACGUCCACCAUGCUCCCUGCUAACCUCCUGCUCCUCAUGGUCUUGCUGCUACCUCAAGCCUCGUCUGGUCGCCAGGGUGGAGAAUCCAGCGAGACUAACAAUGGCAGGGUGCCCCCAUCGACUUCCUCACCAUCGCCUACGGCAGCACUGCCAGAUCCUGGUCUGGCACAGACCAUCCAGUCUCUCCUCCUGAGCCGACUGGGCCUACAGUCUCAACCCAAACCCAGGCCUGGAGUGCCUGUGCCGCAGUACCUCCUUGAUCUUUAUCGCUUCCACCAGCAGCAAUACCAUCUACUAGAAGACCCAUCGUUUAGCUUCCCCAGCCAUCACAUUCAGCAGGCUAACACUAUUCGCAGCUUUCAUCACAGUGAGCCCCUUGGCGACAGUACCAAAGCAAAAGAUCAGACAAGAGUGCACAUUUCCUUCAAUAUCUCCUCCAUUCCUGAAGAUGAAACGGUUCUCUCUGCUGAGCUUCGGUUACUCCGCAGUGACACCGCAUCCCUGGGCCCUGGACCCCACAGAUUAAACCUGUACCUCUCUAAACAUCAUGAGGAUCCUGAGCCUACUUUGCUUGAAACAAGGUUACUCAAUAGCCUCCAUAGCCAUAAAGCUGGUGGUUUCUGGGAGGCAUUUAGUCUAAAUGCGGAGCUCCUACAGAAGGCCCAUGGUGGGACUGGCAGUUUGGGCUUCCUGCUGGAAGUCAAACCUGAAAAAAACACCAGCUUGCCUGACCAAAGCUACUCUUCUGGUGCAGGUGAUGAUCAGGCAGAGCAACACAAAGAGAGACACCUGAGGGUGUGCAGGUCUGUGGGGCAGGACGAUCACAGCUGGGCCCAGGAGAGACCCCUCUUGGUGACCUACAGUCAUGAUGGCCAUGGAGAGCCUUUAGUCAAACAUGGCAGGAGAACAUCUGGUAAUAGCAAGUGGAUUAAGGCUAGAAAGGGGUUAAACAUAAAGACCAAGAAAACCGGCCAAGGCCACAAUAGAGACCAAGGCUGGGGAAAGGGCAGAAAAAUUGGUUAUUCUAUGAAGAGCUGGGGGGAUGAUAAAGGAGUAGUAAGCUGGAGCGAUCGUGGAAGGGUGAAAAGAAAUGGGGGUCCAACUAAACUGAAGCGACUUUCCCGUGGCAGGUGCCGGCGUCAUCCUCUAUAUGUAGAUUUUAGUGAUGUGGGCUGGCACAAGUGGAUCAUCGCACCUAGCGGCUAUGAUGCCUUCUUCUGCCUGGGAGAGUGCCGUUACCCUCUGGCUGACCACAUGAAUGCCUCCAGCCAUGCUGUGGUCCAAACCAUGGUGAACUCUGUGAACGGAGCAGUGCCCCGGGCAUGCUGCGUCCCUACCUCCCUCAGCCCCAUCGCCCUGCUCUACCUGGACAAUCACGACAGAGUCGUGCUGAAGAAUUACCAGGACAUGGUGGUGGAGACCUGCGGCUGCUGGUAGAGGAGCCAGAGGGCUCAGACAGCGUGACACUGACAAUGGGCCAUUAAAGAAAAAAAGAGGAAACUAAAAUGGCAGAUGGAUGGGAGGAAGAAGCAGAAAGAGACAGCCAGAAAACUGCAAACAGAGACUGAAAGAAAAGUAGCAAUUAGAAAUAUGAGCAGACAGGAGAGAGAGAAUGGGAUAGAGCAGCUAAGUUUUAUCAGCAACAAGAGAUUAGACUGAAAGGGAGAAGUUGAAGUAAAAGAAAAUUUGAAAGAAAGAACACGCUACAAGUAGAUGAAUGAUAAGCAGACAUAGUGAUGACAGAAUAAACUGCCAGGAGCGAUUCUCUAUUAACCAUUUUGCAAUUUUGCAGCUGUUUACAUCAUUCACUGCCAGUCUACUAGUUCAACUGUGAGAAGCCAAUGCUUUAACAUCAAAUGCUUUAACAACAGAAGGUGUGUUAAUGACUGUAAUGUGUCGGAAGGCACAGGUAAAGGAAGGCAGUCAAACUCUUAAGUAGUAAUAGGAGCCACUGAUGGGCAGAGAUGGAGACUCGAGUUGCAUGUGAAUUGCAGAAACAAUGACUUCAGACUUGACACAGACUCUACAGGCCAACGACUCAACUCAGACUCGAGGUCUGGGACUUGAGUUUCAUGAACUAUCUUUAACUCAUGUAAUCAAGAGAAAAAGUAAGCUAGUCAAUGUUGUUCUUUUGAAUAAAUAACACUGAGCCCUCUGUGAUACCAUAGUGUACACAAAUGACGAUACAAGAAUUGUCUUUAACACGUCUGAACAGUAUGUGCCAGUAAAAGGUGCUUACGGCAGCUUUCAUUUUCGCCGAGAUGUUCAUUUUAUCCUGGUAAAGGGUUUGUUUAAUUUAUUAACCUUCAUGUUUAACAGACUGCGAGCUAUUAAUGGUUCAUAACAACCUCUUCCUGUCAGCAGUAUCAUUCCAUAAUGAAAAUAACUUAACUUCUGACACCUUAUUCUCCCACUGGUAAGGUGGCACCAUGACAAAAACACUUUGACUUCUUCGGUAUAAAAGCAUUUCCAGUUAUGUUUAGUUAGAUAUUUCAUAUUCUUUUUUAUUUACUCACUUUCUAUUCUACCUUGGUACCAUAAAACCUUUACUGUUUAGACACAACAACAAAGCUUUUAAAUGUAGAUUUUUGAACAUGGUUUCCAAUACAUUCCUGCUCAUUCUACAACUAAAAAAAAAAAGCCAGUAACCUUGUAUAAUCUGUUGUAUAGUAAAGCAUAAGGCUAUUUGAACUGUGGGAUUAACAGGUGAUAACUAGACAAAUACAAUUUAAUGAAAAGCAUUUCCUGUUAGAUGUAUUAAGAAAUUUGACAUUACCCCUGUUUCAGCACAUUUUCUUUGAACCCAAGUGCAUAUUUAGAUUUCUUACUCAGGUAAAUAUUGUCGUCAUUUUUUGCCACCUAAACUCCAAGAGCCUGUAACCACUUAUUCUUUUCACAAUAAGCAGCUUGACCUUACUUCCAGUCAAUGCUAGUGUCAUUCAUUUGGCGCGGAAACUAAGAAAAUACUACGUGUCGCUGCAUGUAUCCAUUGGUAAAACCAUGUGGGGGGUAAAAUUAGGACACAGUCUAUUGCUUUAAUAUAAUAACGCCAUGAAUACACAUCAAAACACAUUUUGUCCUUGCAAAUAGCACAUGAAAACAAAAAUACACAGUAAAACAUUUUCUUACCUGAUAGUCUUCAUUAUUAUAAGACUUGUUUUAUAAAUGGCAAUUCUUCACUCCAUAUCUAUACAUUUAUACAUGAUUUUUCAGGCUCUAUAUUAUAAGGAUCUGCCUUCAACACUCCCCCUGUAAUCAGAAAAUUGUGCUUUGAAGUUACUUACCUGCUUAUCUAAAACAGCGAAACAGGUUUAUCUGUAGUUGGUCGGGCACCAAAAUAUAUUCUUUUAAAACCUCACCACAAAGUCCAUUGGCAUUCUUCCAUUUGUAUAGUUGUACUCUAACCACUAUAAUCAAUGAAAACUUUGAAUGAUAAGACUCACACAGAUUUUGUUGCUGCAUUAAAUAUUGUUUCUUCAUAAUUUACAAAAAUAAUUCAUAGCAGUAUACCGUUUUUUUUAAUUAAACUGGACACGCUGAACAGAUUUUAAAGAUGUUAAAUGAUUAUGCAUUAAAUUAGACAUAAAGAUCAUGAUUUGACAGAGGUUCUGUGUUUUAGAAAGACUAGACUCCAUGCAUCCGAUGUGAGGAUGUUCCUUUCUACCAUCACAGACUUGAGACUUGACAUGGACUUGGGACCAAAGACUUAAGGGUCAACUUGGACUUGGGAAAAAUAAUAUUUGUCCGCAUCUCUGUCCUCGGGAUACAUUUAAGCUCCUGUGCAACAUUCAAACUAUCCUAGUGUACUUCUGCCUGACUUGACCUGAAUAAUCGACUGCAUUUGAAAUAUGACGACGGCACCAGCAUGGCAUUAAAAACUUUGUGCUACAGUGUUUUGUCUGCAGUAUUUGUAUUAGAAGAAGGGUCCAUUUGUUUCUAUGAAAGCUAAUAUAAUGAAUUACUGUACCAUACAAGCAAACUACAUCACAAGCUAUUUAAAUAAAUAAUGCUGAGGAAUUAAUAUGCUAUUAUUUGAAUGUAUUGCUAUCAUUAUUAUUUAAAAAAAAGAAUUUUGUAAAUUUAUUUUGCAAAAAUUCAUGUAAUGGUUGUGUCAUGAUUUUUACAUAAAUAAGUGAACUCUAAGUUAAGACACAUUAUGUAAAGAAGCAGCAGUAUGGUGUAUUUAAUCUAGAAAAUAUUUAAAAUACCUGCACUCUUUAGAGUAUACAGCAAACAUGAAAGCCUGCCAGCCACAUGAAGUACCUAAUGGUAGCUUCUACAAAUGUUUAGUGUGAUGAAAUUAACAGUGUUUGACGCUUCCCAUGCCUUUUGGUGUGCAACACAUCAUAGCAGACAAAUGUGGUAUUACCUCUAGGAACUGAACUAACACAUCAGUUGAAAGCUCUGUGUGUUCUAGCUGCUAAAGUGUGUAACACAGGUGUCUUUGCUAUAGCUGUGUUUGCAUGUGUAUGAUGUGAUGGAUAGUAAAACUCGGCCUUUAGUGCCUUUUAAAACAGGGGCUUUAAACUUGUUCUCUGCUGAGCUUCGUGAGUGUUUUACCGUGAUCCAUUUUCCUCUAUGAAUGGAAACAUUUAAGCAAUAGCUUGUAAAGUGUUUGCCAAUAUACCUCUAAUAAACAGACCAAGCAGAA